AUAGCAACGCCACAGUGAUUCGACAAAUGCGGCUUUGCCUGCCCGCAUGCCUCUGUGUUUGCGCUGGCGCUGGCGCUGUCGAGUCGACACGGCGGAACAACGAAGUGCAGAGCCUCUACAGCUCCGGAGCGGCAAUCGCAGUGACGCAGAACAAGGGCCUCAAGCGAGGUGAAGAUGUAGUCGUCACGCCGGAAAGCAACGGCGUGUUCAACGUAACCCUGCUGAUGGACGGACAUGGUGGCCAGGGCAUCAUGAAGCGAUCGCUGGAUUUGCAGCAGGGCCUUUUGAAUGCCUGCCGAGUUGCUGCAGACUGGCCCAAAUGUGCCAGAGAGGCGGUGCAGAACUUCCAGGAUCGGGCGCGACAGAUGCAGUAUCGGGGAGGCGCCACACUGUUGGCCUUGCUGACUGAGGAGCGAAGCUCCAGAGUGGCCUUUGCCUGGGCCGGGGAUUCCAUGGCCAUCCUUGUGAAGCAAGGGAGAACUGCGUUCAGGACCAGCCUGCACACUACCGAAUUAGAAUCAGAAGUUCAACGAAUUCGGGGCCAUCCUGAGUACAAGUACGAGUUUCAUGAUGGGUAUCUUUGCAGCACAGAUCCCGGCGCUGGCUGCGUGAUGCCAACCCGCGGCCUUGGUGAUGUGGACUUGGAGCCUGCUGGAUUCCUAGCUGUGCCAGACACCUCAGAAUUCAUGGACCUUGCGCCUGGGGAUUUCGUGCUCAUGGCCUCAGAUGGGCUCUGGGAUGUGCUGAGCGAGGAGGAGGUGCUGGCAAGAACUCAGGUGGGAAGCCCAGAGAAGAACUUGGCCACAGCCGAAGCGCUGGCAGAGGCUGCAGUGCAAGGGUGGGCCCGGCGGUAUGGCCCGGGAGAAGCAGACGAUGUUAGCUUGCUGCUUUGCCAGCCAGUGGGUGAAGAGAAGGCUGAGCUUUGAGCUGGCAGUGAGCAAGGAUGAAAAUAGGCGAACCUGCGAGCCUUGGC